GGGGGGGGCUCAGCCAUGGACCCCCGGCUCCUCUGCAUCGCCGCCCGCGACCCCCAGGAAGACUUUGAGGUGCUGCAACGCCUUGGGGGGGGCACCUAUGGGGACGUCUUCAAGGCCCGCAGCAAAGCCACUGGCGAGCUGGCAGCUAUCAAGGUGGUCAAAAUGGAAGCAGAUGACGACUGCGCCACGAUCCAGCAGGAGAUCCUGAUGAUCCGCUCCUGCCAGCACCCCAACAUCGUCGCCUAUUUCGGCAGCUACAGCUGGUGCAACAAGCUGUGGAUCUGCAUGGAGCUGUGUGGUGGGGGCUCCCUGCAGGACAUCUACAACGUGACCGGACCCCUCUCAGAGCCACAGAUCGCAUAUGUGUGCAGGGAGACCCUGGAGGGGCUGUCCUACCUGCAUUGCCAGGGCAAAAUCCACCGUGAUAUCAAGGGAGCCAACAUCCUCAUCAACGACAGCGGGGAGGUGAAGCUGGGUGAGUGCUGGGGGAGCAGCGGGGGCACAAAAAAGGGGGCUGGGGGGGGAAACGAUGGAGCUUGGGGGGGGGGCAAAA